AUGUUUAAUUGUUCAAAUGAACUGUGUAUCGAAUGGUCAUGGGUUUGUGAUGGUUAUAAGGAUUGUUCAGAUGGUUCAGACGAGACCAAAGAUAUGUGUGAUCGAUACGAAGAUGGAACAAAUAUGACCAUGGAUUGCGGUAGAAUACGUAUCAAAAACCAAGUAAUAUCCAAAAAAGAUAAUGAGGAAUCAAAGGUAAAAGCACCUUGGCAUGUAGAAAUAUUUCGAUUAUAUGAAGGACUACAUUUUUAUGUAUGCGGAGGAACAAUUAUUGCUCCAAAUUUAGUAAUUUCUGUGGCUCAUUUCUUUUUGAAAAGUAGUAUGAUAUCAACGAAUACAUCUAUGAACUAUGAUCUAUAUACAAUUUGUGUUGGAUUUUGUGAUCGUCGUUUACCAAAAAUAAUUAACAAUGACUUUACUCAAACAAUGAAUGUAGAAAUGAUUUACCUCGGUGAAGGUUAUGAUGGGAGCUAUAAUCAAGAUAUAGCAGUUAUUGUGUUAGCAAAUAAAGUUCCAUUUAUAAAUGGUCUCGCAGCACCUGUUUGUAUUGAUUGGAAUAAAAAAUACAAUUUAGUCAACGGAGAUCAAGGAAAGGUUUUUUUUUCAAAAUCGCCGUUAGAAGAUGACUACGGGCUUAUAUUUUUGGAAAAAAAUUCUUCAUACAUCAACUAUAAAACUUGUCGAAGAAUGCAUCUAUCAAAUGAUAGUUCUUUUCCAGUUUUUUUAAAAUAUAUGAACUUUGAUAAGUUUUGUGCUACUGUUGACUUGGAUGAAUCGAAAUUUCACAAAACUGUUAGGAGAAUUUAUGGAACAGGAAUAAUGUUUUUACACUCUAGUUCUUAUUUUUUAACCGGGGUAGAUAUUCUGUCGGAUGAUUUGACAAACUCUACUAUGAUCGUAGGUUAUACAGACAUAAAAUACCAUGUUGACUGGAUUCGUGGAAUUUUAAACAAACAUCUCACAGUGAAAUCAUGCGUAUUACCAACUGUUGAAGGAGUUGUAUAUUCUUAUGUAGACUCAAAUGAAACAUUACCUCACGGGACAUUAAUUGAUCAUAAUCUUCAUGUUAUUGAGAAUUGUGAAGUUGGAUAUCACAGGGCUUAUCCAAGUCCUUUAAGGUAUUGUCGGGAAAAAGGAAAGUGGUUAUCGAAUUCUGAGAAAUUGUGUUUCAAAAUGUGUCCACCUCUAGAAUCAGAUAGUUUAGAUAUUAAAUGUAGCUAUAAUGGUAAGUAUAGUAAUUGUUCAAAUUUAUCGAUACCCGAUACAAUAGCAACAUUAUCAUGUAAGCCAACAUUUAGUGCACCAAAUUGUCAAGAAGAUACGCCACUAGAAUUACAUUGUCAGUCCAAUGGAAUAUGGAAUAAGCCACUAUAUACAUGCAAACCAGAUUGCGGUAGAGUAUAUAAUAUCAAAAGCAUGGUAUUGAUCAACAAUGGUGAAAAAGCCAUUGUUGGGACAGCACCAUGGAAUGUCGGAUUAUAUCGAUUUAAUAAAAAAAAAUUCGAUUAUGACUUGAAAUGUGGUGGUUCAAUUAUUUCUCCAAAUUUAGUUGUUUCUGCGGCUCAUUGUUUUGAAGCUAUUUUGUCAUCUGAGAAUAUAAUAUCAAUAAACGACGGUGGAUACAAAAUUGCUGUUGGAAAAUAUGAUAGAAACAUUACAAUUAUUGACAACGAAUUUACUAAAAUAAUAAAUGUGGUAACUGUUUACGUGAAAGAAGGUUAUCAUGGAUAUCGAUGGUUUUUUACUGACGAUAUAGCUAUUGUGGUGUUACAAAACAGAGUAUAUUUUAAUAAUGGUGUUGCGCCUGUUUGUAUUGAUUGGAAUGGGAAAUACAAUGAAGCCAAUGGAGAUCAAGGAAAGAUUUUUGGCUGGGGAGCAACAGAAAAUGCCAGCUCAAGUCCUAAUUUGUUAGAAGCAUCUUUACCAUACAUCGACUAUAGUUCUUGUCGAAAAUCGUAUAAAAACGGAUUUGAAAAUUAUGUGACUGUUGACAAGUUCUGUGCCGGUUCUGAAUUGGGUAAUAAAAUAUUUAAACAUUCAAUAUUGUUAAAUCAUUAUAUUGUACUAUCUUAUUAUUUCUUGAGGGUGCUUUGA